GGCUGGAAGUCCGGGCUGCGUUCUCUAGGCCAGACUUUUCGAGUGGGAGCCCAUUUGACCUUUCCUGGAGACCAGUACUUGGGCCGGGACAGGACAGGGGCCGCGAGUGUCACCGCCGGGGUCGGAGUGGGGGACGUCUAGUGAGACGACCGAGGCUCUAAAGGCCGGUGUGGAGUGGUCGGGCUGGCCAAAGGGCCCCUGGGAGCGUCUGCCGAGGGGCGGAUCCCCCAGAGUGGCCAGCGGCAGCGCGUCACUAAACCAGGGGUUAUUAGCUUGGGCAGGUUAAUGAACUUGUGGAGGAAGAAAAUAACACCUUUAAUUUUCUCUGUGUGAAAUGAGCAUUUCCUUCCGUGACGGAGUAACGUUAGCAGUGCCCUAAACUAAGUCGUGAUUUCCAGUGGGGAGGAGGGUAAAUGAUGGUUGGACAUAGAGUAUCUGCAACUACUUACAAGCUAUCAUUUACGCCCAUCUCUGCUUCGACAGGAUGACAGAAUCUUGGUAUUCAGUGUGUUGCAAAAGCAGCGUAUAAACUAAUGUAGCAUGAGUUUGUUUUCAAAACGUUCUGAUACCUAUUUUGAUAUCAUUGGGUUUUUUUUUUCUUACAGUGCUAUGUGUUUCAUUUAAUGCAUAUAAGCACUUUAAUAUGGCUACUUGAAAAUUUUAAAUUAUAUAUGUGCUCACGUUAUAUUUCUGUUAGAGUUGCAGGCCUCAUCCAACGUGGAAAAGGCCCUUUGUGCUAAUGUCACGAGGGUGGUGGUCAAAAGAGGCUGUCCAGUAUCUUACUCGGACCUGGGUUGGAAGUCAGCCCAAGCCCAGUUCCACAGCUGGCCGGUCUUACCCUGAUAUUCCACUGUACUGCGGCAGGACCCCCCAGCCAGUUGCUCCCCUUCCUGAGCCUCAGUUACUAAUCUGUUCAAUCUGCAGUCACUUCUGCAGUCUUACCAACUGUGACUUUCUAAUAUAACUAGAUCCUAAAAUAUUUUCAGGCUGGCUAUUCUGGUGUUUUUUCUUUAUUAAAGAGUUUCAAGUAUGCAGACCAGGAUGUCUAGCUGUCCAAUAGAAAUACAGUGCGAGCACAUAUGUGAUUUAAAAUUUUCAAGUACUCGUGUUAUUAUAAAGUUUAAAAAUUGGGAAACUCAUGUUAAUUUUCUUUAGCCCAGUAUGUCCAAAAUUAUUUCAAAAUGUCAUGUCGAAAGAUUAUCGUGUAUAUAUUUUACCUUCUUUUUUUUUUUUUUGGACACAGUCUUUGAAAUCUGGUGUGUGAUUUGUACUUAAAGCACAUCUUCAUUCAGACUAGGCAUGUUUUAAGUGUUCAGUAGCCACGUGUGGCCAGUGGCCACUAUAUUGGACAACACACCUCUAGUCCAUUUACCCACAGAUUUUGCGGGAAAGACACGUUUGAAUUAACUUCCCUGUGCAGAGGCCCAGAAUGCUGACAAAUUUUUCCUAAUAAUACAUUAUAAUAGCUACGAUUUCUAAAAUUUCUAUUAAAUGAAAUGUGCUAAAAAUACCUCAUUUAAUCUUUACCCUCGUGGUGAGGUCGGUAGGAUUAUCCUCACUUUUUAAAUUUUUUUUAAUUUUUUUAAUGUUUAUUUAUUUAUGAGAGAGAGAGCGUGAGUGGGGGAGGGCAGAGAGAGGGAGACAGAAUCCUAAGCAGCCUCCAGGCUACAAGCUGUCAGCACAGAGCAGAUGCCGGGUUUGAACUCACGAACCUCGAGAUCAUGACCUGAGCUAAAGGUGGUCGCUUAACUGACUGAGCCACCUAGGCACCUCGGAUUAUCUGCAUCUUGCAGCUGAUGAUAUCUAGGCACAGGAAGGUCAAGUAAUGGGCCUAGUCCCGCAGGACUCAAACUCAGCUCUAACUUCAGUCCCCGAUCUUUUAAAUCAUGGCUUGAUGAUAUCAAUAUCUUAUGUCUGUCGGGUGUUUACUAUGCCAGCACCAUGCUGCAGGCCAUGUAUUCGAAGCCUCAUUUGAUCAUUGCUACAGUGCUGUAGUUGACCCCAGUUUACAGGGGAGGAGACUGAGACCAGAGCAGCCAGUGCUGGGAGACUCGUGGAUGAUGGUUUGGCAAAACUGAAAUCUGAACCUGGGCUUUCUAAUCUCAGAGUUUGUGCUUUUACUCACUUCUGUGUCCUCUUUCUGCCUUUUGUGACUACAAGACCAGUUAGACUUCAUUCUUUUUCUGACCUUGCCAGGCCCUAGAGGGGAAAAGCCAGAGAUGGACCUUGUGAGAUUCGCCCGGCUCUUCUCCGGCCCUCGCCCAGUGGGACUGUAUGCCCUUCAGCACCUUGACCCUCUCAGAGCCAAAUGGGCAGGAGGCAGGGAGGGGCCUAAAUGGCUGAGGGCUGCGGGGCUGACACAAGCCUGCAGCAGCUCCCCCUCUCAACUGCCCCUUGGCCAGGGGAACCAGAAGAACAGGAGCAGCGUCAGCUCUGACCUGAGCCAGCCCGGCCCCAUGGCCACUCAGGAGGAAGAGGAAGAGAGCUUUGGGACCCUCUCCAACAAAUAUUCCUCAAGGAGAAUGUUCCAAAAAUCGACAGCCCAGUUGUAUAACCUACGGCUCAGGGAACAGAGUGCUGAUGAAGAUGAGGAGAGGGACCUGGAGCCAAAGCCAUGGCGGGGCCGGAAAAACACCCCUUACUGGUACUUCUUCCGGUGCAAACACCUGAUCAAAGAAGGAAAGCUGGCCGAGGCCCUGGAGCUGUUUGAGAGGCAGAUGCUGAAAGAGGAGCGACUCCAGCCUCUCGAAUGCAACUACACGGUGCUGAUCGGGGGCUGCGGGCGAGCCGGAUACCUGAAGAAAGCCUUCAGGCUCUACAAUGAUAUGAAAAAGCGGGACCUGGAGCCCUCAGAUGCCACAUAUACGGCCCUGUUCAAUGUCUGUGCUGAGUCCCCCUGGAAGGACUCUGCUCUGCAGAGUGCCCUGAAGCUCCGGCAGCAGCUCCAGGCCAGAAACUUCCAGCUCAACUUGAAAACAUACCAUGCACUGCUGAAGAUGGCCGCCAUGUGCGCAGACCUCAGGAUGUGCCUCGAUGUGUUCAAGGAAAUUGUCCAGAAAGGGCAUGCAGUCACCGAGAGGACCUUCAGCUUGCUGCUCAUGGGCUGCAUCCAGGACAAGAAGACGGGUUUUCGAUAUGCCCUGCAGGUGCUUGAGGGCCCUCUGGAGCCUCAGGAAGCCAGAGGCCCCAGCAAGGCCCAGCCCGAGGUGGAAACCAAGACAGAGCCUGACCACAUGGUGGCCCUCACUUCUUUGGCCCCAGAGCCUUCUCCCCGGGGGCCGGAGACCAACCUCCUGACCUUGGGAGCAGUCUCCCCAGCUGUGGUCUCCUUUGGGACUGUGACCACCCCGGCUGACCGGCUAGCCUUGAUGGGGGGCCUGGAGGGCUUCCUGGGCAAGAUGGCAGAGCACGGGCUCCGACCCAACAUCAAAACCCUCACACUGCUUGCUGAGGUGGUGGAGCCCGGGAGUCCCGCGGAGUCCUCACUGCUGACCGUCCUGGACAUGCACCAGGUGGAGGCUGAUGUGACGUUCUUCAACACGCUGAUGAGGAAGAAGAGCAAGCUUGGAGAUCUGGAGGGGGCAAAGGCUAUGCUGCCACUCCUGGCAAAGAGGGGGAUCCUUCCCAACCUGCAGACGUUCUGCAACCUGGCCAUUGGGUGCCACAGGCCGGGGGACGGCCUGCGACUACUCGCAGACAUGAAGAAAUGCCAGAUGACUCCCAACACCCACAUCUACAGCACCCUCAUCAACGCCGCCCUCAAGAGGCUGGACUACACCUAUCUCAUUGACAUCCUGAAGGACAUGAGGCAGAACAGAGUCCCGGUGAAUGAGGUGGUCAUCCGCCAACUGGAGUUUGCAGCCCAGUACCCACCCAGCUUUGAUCGGUACAAAGAGAAAAACACCUACUUGGAGAAGAUUGAUGGCUUCCGAGCUUAUUACAAGCAGUGGCUGAAAGUGAUGCCAGCAGAGGAAACCCCCCACCCGUGGCAGAAGUUCCGGACCAAGCCCAAGGGGAACCAAGACGCCAUCACUGAGGCUGACGUGGACAGAGGCCUUGGAGCUCCAGUUCAGAGAGGCUGACGCUGUGAGCUCAGCUACUGCACACCCAGCAUCAUUCCGGAGCUCCCCAGAGAACAAGGUUCUGACAGAAGAAAUACAGUGUAAUUCUGAGGAAAAGGAGGCCUGGAAAAUAGGGUACCUGAAGAGUGAGCCCCAGAGGGGAAGGACAGGAAUGUCUGCUUACUGGCCUGUGCUUCCCUGACUCAGCCUUCCCACCCCCAGGUCAUACAUGAGGAAGGACUUCAGUAACUUGCCCAAGGGUGGAGUUGAGACUGACCCCCCCCCCCCCCAGACCUAACACGCCAUUGCUGCCAAACUGCCGGGUGUGGGUUCCCCGAGAGAGCGAUUCCCUCUCUCGGGAACGGCCAGCAGGCCAUCCAGCAAUAAGGACUACAUUCCAGCCCCACAAAACAGUGUAAAAUCCCCUGGCGUCACCCAGGACACACUUCUGAACUGAAAAAGGAACCUCCAACUUGAUCAUCAGAUGUUACAGGGGCGGAGACCUCACUUACCACUUCCAGCUUGCUUUUGGGGACCCGGCAAAUGCAAUUCGUCCCAAAAUUGGUGUCCCGUGUCUGAAUGCACCGCAGGCAGCAUAAAUUCUCAUACCCCUGCUUUUUCCA